CUGUAAGUGUGAAUUUCCUCUCUCUUUCCCUUAGUCCUAUUUUUGGGUCAAAAGUGGAGAAAGAAUUGGGACUGGGACUUUUUUUUUUUUUCUCUGUAAUGGUUAUUGGAUCUACUGGAGAAAAUGGAACCAGUCAAAAGAAACCCACCUUAUGAGAUUCCCCUCUCUAUUUCUCUAUUCUGAUUAUUUGAUCAGAAAUGGAGGAAAGAAAACCAGUCAAAAGAAACCCUUGUCAUGAAACUCCCUUCUCUUUUCUCUCUCCUCAUUCUUGGAUGGAAAGGAGAGAUUCUUGGAUCGAAAUGGAAAACCCUUGUUAUGAAACUCCCACUCCUUUUUCUUUUCUCCCUCCUCAUUCUCGGUUUGAAAUGAGUGAUUCUUGGAUCGAAUUGGAGAUGAUGAAACCACUUAAAAGAAUCCGCUCUUUGGAAUCCUGCUCUCAAGAUGAAGAAGAAGAGGCCCGCACCUCACAUACGCAUGGCGAUGAUUCUAGUGGGGCCUCUCGCUCCUCCAAUAACGAGAUCAUCCGAUUCCUAUCUUCGAUCUCAGAAGACGUAACUCUCAGAAUCAUAUCCUCACUCCCUAUAAAUUCCAUUUUCAGGUUUAAAUGUGUGUGUAAAUCAUGGAACCAACUUCUCUCCUCUCCCCACUUUGCUAGAAUCCAUUCUCUUUCUCCCGCCCAUCCUUCUGAUGUCUCUGCCCUUGCAUGCGUUCCGAAUGGGUUUUUCCUUCUGCAUAUUCCAAAAUCCGAUUUGUCACACAAAGCGAGCCCCCUCCCAUUUGCAUUUGUGCACUCUGGAGGUGACCUUCGGCGUCUUCAUCGCAUAAAUUUACCUUCGGGAGGGACUUUGCGUCUCGUUCUUGAAAGCCAUGGCAUGGUGUGCUUUUCAACGAACCAAUUCCCCGAUAUUGUUUACAUAUUCAACCCUGUGACUCGAGAAUAUGCUGCACUUCCAGUGCUCAAGUCCAGGCCUGAGAUUUUAGGAUUUUUCUUUGAUCUCGAGGGUCAAGUUUUCAAGGUACUCGUUUCGUUUUUGACAUCUAAGGAUGAAUGUUGGGUUUUCAGCUCUGCAACAGGGCAGUGGAAGAGUGUUGGCGCCAAGUUGCUGGCGAGUGUGUCUGGGAAGAUGAACCCUUUUUUGUGUGUGCGUGGCGUGUGUUACGGAGUUUUUCAAUGUGUAGAUGAGGUGAAAAUGUUUGGUUUUGAUAUGGAGAGAGAGGAAUGGGAAAUUUUCACAUUGCCUUUGCAUGUUUCUGAUAAUAGAGCAAAGUGGUUGAUGAAAAUAGUCGAGUGGGAAGGAAGACCAUACUUGGUUCAUGGAUUUGCACAACGCAAAUUGGGCAUAUGGGUAUUUAGGAAGGAGGACGCGGAGAAGUGGAUGAGAGUCACUGAAAUAUGUCUUGAAAAAAGAUUUGGCCGAAGGCCUGAUGUGAAUGUAAUCAUGCAACAUCGUUCUUUCUUUGUUGCUGAAGCUAAGAAUAUGGGUGUCUGCCUCUCUCUAUACAGUACCCAAGGAAAGAGGAGGGAGCUUGACUGGGAAUUCUUUUGGCAUCCCCGCUGUCAUGAUGGCCCCUUACUUGGAAUUUUUCCUUUUACACCAAGGCUCUUCAGCUGUAAUUACAUGGGAAACUAGUACCUGGAUGGAGUUUUCAAUGUUAUAUUAUAUUGACUAUAGACAUAAAAUUUUCAUUCUAUUUCACAUAAUAUAGAAGACGGCCCAAACUGCAUAUCGGGCCAGUUGCUCCCCAUUUUGGGACAAAGCCUAGACCCAUACUUGUUGCGAUGGAGAUGGACGACUUGGAACUUGAAUUUGGAUGCCUUAGUCAGAUUCCUUUGUUUGUCAAUAAGAGAACAUGUGUAGGCACAAUUUGGGUCCGUGAGGUUAGUUGACAAGAAUUUUCCUUUUCUUUUUAGCUUAUGUGUGCAUCAAUGACUGGAUGAGCUGGUGAGCUAGUAGUUAUCUAGGUCGGGGCAUUUGAAUUGCAAUUUCCUGGUGAAUUUGCAUCUCGGCAUUAAUAUUUUAAAGGAAAAUUGGAAAAAAGUGUU